AUCUGGGAUCCGGGCCGAUAGCAAGUUUUUUUUUUUUUUUUGGGAGGCAGAAAAAACACGUAGCCACCCGGGUAUGUUUGUAAACGGAGAGUUACUGAUUGUUGGCUGAAAGUAAAAUACCAUGUGAAUAGAUUUGGUGAUGAAGGCUGAUCUGCAGUGGACUGGUCAACUUUGGAGUUUGUUAGUGUAAUUUUUUUUUUAAUCCAGCAGCCCAGUCCAAACAGAGCACAGAGGCACUGAGGGGGAUCGGAAUUUACCGGUGACAAGUCUGUGAAGAGGGAAAAAAGGAAAAGAGGAUCCACUCAUUACAACCUUUUUAAAAAAAAAAAACCCUACUUUAUUUUCAAUCACAGAGGAAAUUGCGAUCAAAAGUGAAAGCUCUGAGUCGAUGAAAACGAUCCAGACGCAACUUUUACCCCCUUUGAGUUCUGCUUCAGCUCUGAAGAACAGCACCAACCAUGGCGAAAAAGUAUGAUUUCCUCUUCAAACUCUUACUCAUCGGGGACAGCGGAGUGGGCAAAACAUGUCUGAUCAUCCGGUUUGCUGAGGACAAUUUCAACUCUACAUACAUUUCCACCAUCGGCAUCGACUUUAAAGUAAAAACCAUUGAAGUGGAUGGAAAGAAAGUGAAAUUACAAGUCUGGGACACAGCAGGGCAGGAGAGGUUCAAGACCAUUACUACAGCCUACUACAGAGGAGCCAUGGGCAUCAUCCUGGUGUACGACAUCACAGAUGAGAAGUCUUUCGAAAACAUUCAGAACUGGAUGAAGAGCAUCAAAGAAAAUGCAUCAGCCGGAGUCAGUCAGAUGUUGCUUGGCAAUAAGUGCGACAUUGAAGCAAAGCGGAAAGUUACCAAGGAGACAGGAGAAAAGCUGGCAAAAGAUCAUGGCAUCAGGUUCUUUGAGACCAGUGCAAAGUCCAGCAUUAACGUUGAGGAGUCGUUUCUGGCUUUGGCACGUGACAUACUACAGAGGUCCAGCAAGAAACCAGGCCCCACAGGCAGAGAGGUGAAAAUCACCAGCACUACAGAGAAAAAAUCUUCCAAAUGUGUUCUCCUCUAGAUGUGACACCAGCCAGCACAGCUGUUUAGUUGCCAUUAUAGUUUAAGAACACAUCAGUAUUACCAGGGAAAAAUACAGCAAGUUUUCUGUCUCCAUCUGGUGGGCUCAGAUAUCAAAUGCAUGCAGGUGCCAAAUGUAUGUUUUUAUACCUAAACUAUCUGUAUUCCAAGUGUUUCUAGUGUGCCCCCCCCCCCCCCCCCCCCAAAAAAAAAAAUGUUUGCCAGCAAAAUAAUCUAUGGAUUUCUCCUUUUAUCUGAAAUUUCACUGAGAUCAUAGUUUAUUUCACAUUGAGCAUUUCUUCUGCCACAAAAGUGCUGAAAAGUGGAGAUGACUAUAAAUAUAACUGACACAGCAUGUCAUCAACUAGUCCCCUCCCAAUAGUUCAGCUACACGUUUCUGUUCCCACCCUGCACAGUAUUUCCAUGCCUUACAUCCGCAUUAUCAACUGGAAAACAGUACUGCUCAGUGUCCUUUUAAGAAUUAGAUCUGCGUUUUUAUAUAUAUAUAUAUAUAUAUAAUAUUUCUAGGCAUGUGUUCAGUACAGUAGUGGUUUUUAAACAAUUCAGUGGCAGAAGAGAAGUUCGAUGGAAAUUGUUUUUCACCUACAGUACAGGUGUUGUAGUCCUGAAUCUGAAACUUUAUCUAAAUCCUGAACAGAAAUGGUUAACUGACUGAUUAAGAAGUCUUAAAAAUGCAUUUUUUUUAACAGUGCACACAACACUUCUCUCAGUUAACUGUUUUUAAAUUCACAGAGAUACAGACAAGUCGAUAGCUUAUUUCUUGAGCGCCAUAUUAGUAACAUUUUGUUUCCCCAUAUGUUUAGUUUCACAUAUAUAUCUUCCCCCUUUGAGAGUUGAUAAGAUGUUUCAGUAGUAAACAUUAUCAACAUAAUCUAUGCCAUUAAAUAUGACUUUAUAGCAUGAAAAGUGAUCACGUCCCAUGAGUAGCUGAAAACCUUCUCUUCACCCUAAUGAAUGCUGCAUGGAGUUCAAGCUGAAAUAAACACUGGUGGUAAACAAGCCUGGUUUUAAUAGAUGAAGGGACUGAGAAUGUGGAAGAUAGGAACAGAGAUAAGUGCAAUAUGAGAAGAUGAGUGGUGAGAUGAAAGAAAGAUGGAUAAAGCAAGUGAAUGGACAGGAUGUGAGAGCCUGGGAAGUAGUUACACGUCCCUCAUUUUGAAUUGAUUUCUUGCCUUUUAUCUGAAGCGCCUGGUAAAUCUCUCACUAAACACUGCCACACAUUAUCUGUGUCAAACAUGACAGUUUCCCUGUUGUAGCAAUUUACAGAUCAUUCAGGAUUACUGUGAUCACAGGUGCUCAUCUGCUCCUUACAGUUUUUUUUCCUGCACAGAUGUACUGUAUUAUCCAUAUCUUGUUUUUCAAGUUUCUUUCACACUCUCUGUAGACCUGCCACAAGACUUUGUAUGUAGUUUACCAACCUGAUGCUUGCUGAAUAAAAAUGAAAAACAGUAAAAAAUA